AAAGAAAGAGCGCGCGUGUGAUGUGUUUGUGUAUGCUCAGUGUUUUUCUCUCUUGCGUGUUUCAUUGAGUGUAAACAGAGUCUUGUCUCUGUGUAUUUUAGUGUUGAGACAUUGACGGUGAGAUGUGCUGUGCUGUAAAUGAGUAGGAACUGAAAAAGAAAGAGAUGGCGUUACUGGGGACAAAGCUUAGGCCAAGAGGAGAUUUAGCAAUGGAUCGAGAGGAUGUCGAUUGUUGUGAAUCUUCAGUGUAUGUGACUGAUGAUGUGAGUCUGGAUUCAGUGUGGAUGAGCAGAGAUCAGAGCCGCACACCACAGCCACUGCUGGACUCUAAACUCUCUGAAGAGAAAUCCAGACACACACAGGACUCCGAUCUCAGUCUGACUUUACUCUGUUAUACUGAGUCAAAGCUCACAGACACUCAGGACACUACAGUGUGUGACAGUAAACAGAGCUUACAGGAGGAUCAAACCUCCACAGAGUCUCUGGAUUCUGUCUGUAACGCUGGAGAACAGCAGCAGAUCCUGCAGACCAAACUGAAGAUGUGUUCAGUUAAACUCAUCGACUGCAUGAACCUCAUGAUGAAGAUUAAAACUGAACCCACAGAAAAUAAAAUUGAACCCACAGAAAAUAAAAUUGAACCCACAGAAAUGAAAAUUGAACCCACAGAAAUGAAAAUUGAACCCACAGAAAUCAAAACUGAACACACAGAAGAGGAAUAUGGAACUCAGGAAGAAGAUGAUUUUAUUCCAUCAGAUGUGAAGAGUGAUUCAUGUUUGGAUAUAGAAAUAACGUCCUCAACAUCAAAAGAGCGACUGACAGCACAAACUCUUUCCUGCAUCACCUGUGGAAAGACAUUCAGCUCACAGAGACAUUUAGAGAGACAUGAGAGAAAACACACAGAACAGAAACUCUUCACCAGAUCUGAGAUCAGCUUUACUACCUUACAAGAGAAGAAACUUCAUUCAGAAGACCACAGAGAGAAGAAGAAGAAGAAGCAGUUUCACUGUGAGCAGUGUGGGAGGAUUUGUGUCUCUUUCUCUAAACUAAAUAUUCACAUGAGGACACACAGCGGUGAAAAGCCUUUCAACUGCACUGAAUGCGGAAAUUGCUUCAGAACCAAAGCCAAUCUUAAAAUUCAUCAGAGAAUUCACACAGGAGAAAAACCUUACAAGUGUCCUCACUGUGAGAAGAGAUUUAGCUGUAAACAUAAUCUGAAGCCACAUGUGCUUUCACACACCAAUGAGAGACCGUAUCAGUGCAUUGAAUGUGGGAAAACCUUUAGGAAUUCACGUUCAUUAAAAAAACACCAGAAUACUCACAUUGAAGAGAAACUCUAUCAGUGUUCACACUGUGAUAAAUGUUUCUGCCAUAAAUAUCAGCUGAUAAUCCAUGAGAGUGUUCACACUGGAGAAAAAACUCAUCAAUGUAGUGUCUGUGGAAAGAGUUUUAAUCGACAUAAAAGUUUAGUGAUACACCUGACAAUUCAUACAGGUGACAAACCUUACAAAUGCUCUCAGUGUGACAAGACAUUUACCACUUCAGGUAACUUAAAUGUCCAUCAGAGAGUUCACACUGGAGAAAAACAUCAAUGUAGUGUCUGUGGGAAGAGUUUUAAUCGUCAUGACGGUUUAGUGACACACCAGAGAAUUCAUACAGGUGACAAACCUUACAAAUGCUCUCAGUGUGACAAGACAUUUACCACUUCAGGUAACUUAAAUGUCCAUCAGAGAGUUCACACUGGAGAAAAACAUCAAUGUAGUGUCUGUGGGAAGAGUUUUAAUCGACAUGACGGUUUAGUGACACACCAGAGAGUUCAUACAGGUGAAAAACCUUACAAAUGCUCUCUGUGUGACAAGACAUUUGCUUCUUUAUCUUACUUAAAAGUUCAUGAGAGAGUUCACACUGGAGAGAAACAUUAUCACUGUACUUUCUGUGGGAAGAGUUUUAAUCGACAGGAAAAUUUAGUGAUACACCUGACAAUUCAUACAGGUGAAAAACCUUACAAAUGCUCUCAGUGUGACAAGACAUUUACCACUUCAGGUAACUUAAAAGUCCAUCAGAGAGUUCACACUGGAGAAAAACAUCAUCACUGUAGUGUCUGUGGGAAGAGUUUUAAUCGACAUGACAGUUUAGUGACACACCUGAGCAUUCAUACAGGUGAAAAACCUUACAAAUGCCCUCAGUGUGACAAGAUGUUUGCUUCUUUAUCUUACGUAAAAGCCCAUCAGAGAGUUCACACUGGAGAGAAACCGUAACACUGUAAUGUGCUUGUCUUUCCUUCUCUGGGUGGAUAGCUUUAAUAUCCGAAUGAAGAUUCAUGUUAAUAGGCAUGUCAACCGCAUGCAGGGCUGCAUAGAUGGACUGACAACUGGAAUUAAAGUAUUGUGAGAUCAGACUGCUUGUUAUAAUUUCGAAUGGCUCUUGCGGCACAAUAAUGUCACUCGCCAGCUGGUCUGUGCAGCACUGCAUGAAGUUAAGAACAUGGAGGCCCCCUAGUGGUGCGGGCCCUACGCAGGGAGGAUCGGCUCUGAUCAUCAAUUUGACUUAUGACUUAUGAUGCUUAUAUUAUAGAGAUGGCAACCUUUUAUUAGACAACAUGCAACAGUCAACUUGGCUAGCAUGUAGCGCCGUUCAGACUGUAACGACUGUAAAGCCAGUUACCGUUUACAGUUUCUUGCCAGAUUAUAAGAUUACAUUUAAAUCUGUUCAUUAAAAACGGCUUCUGGUCUC